AUGUUGAACAGGCACGUCCGGCGUGGCGCUCAUCCUCCACCGUCAUGCAAUGAAGUAGUCGCCAGCAUCGACAAGAGCAGCAAGUUCUUCAGUAAGUUUGAUGCGAAGAACGGCUACUUCCAAGUACCGCUCGCCGAUGAGUCGAAGGAUCUGACCACGUUCAUCACCCCGUGGGGCAGAUUCCGCUUCGAGAGAUGUGUCCAAGGCCUCAGCUCAUCUGGAGAUGAGUUCAACCGCCGAGGUGAUGUCGCACUCGCUGGAAUACCCAGGACUUGCAAGGUGACGGACGAUAUCCUGUGUCACGAUGACACGUACGCAUCCCAUCUGAAGCACGUCAUCACUGUUCUGGAGCGGUGCAAGGAGCACAACAUCACUCUGAACCCAACGAAACUUCAGUUCGCUCAGUCAACAGUCGAGUACUGCGGAUUCAACAUCAGCAAAGAUGGAUACACCGUGGACCGGCGCAAACUUCGCGCAAUUUCCGACUUCCCAGUACCACAGAACCUCACCGAUCUUCGCAGCUUCAUGGGGCUCGUCAACCAGCUAGCCUCAUUCUCAACAGACACAGCGAGCGCUGCCAGCCCGCUGCGCGACCUCCUCCGGCCCCAGAACCACUGGUGCUGGACCAGCGUCCACCAACAGGCUUUUGAAGCCGUCAAAGCGACACUUGUGUCACCACCGGUCCUGGCGUUCUUCAAGCCCGGCCUGCCAACAGCCCUUCACACCGACGCCACACGACUGCAUGGCCUGUCGAGCGAUGAGGAAUAUCAAGCACUGGCAGACACGAUCCUCAACGGCUUCCCAGACCAGAAAGCCGACCUGCCAUCCAGUCUUCGAGCCUACUGGCAGGUGAAGGAAGAUCUCUCCGUCAACGACGGCAUCAUCCUGUGUGGCGCACGUCUUCUCGUUCCACGCAGCCUUAGACGAGACGUGCUCAAACGCCUCCACGCCGGACACCAAGGUAUCGAACGGACAAAGCGACGCGCUCGCCAAUCUGUCUACUGGCCCGGUCUCAACCAGCAAGUACACGAGACCGUCACAGCGUGCUCAGCCUGUCGCAAGUACCUGCCCACACAGCAGAAAGAACCGAUGCUGAGUGAUCCAGAGCCGUCUCGCGUCUUCGAAACGAUGUCCGCCGACUUCUUCUCUCAUGCGGGAAAGUCCUGGCUUGUCAUCGCCGACCGACUCUCAGGAUGGCCCAUCGCCGUUUCCAUCGACGGUGAGCCGACAUCCAGGAUCUUGGUCAGCCACUUGAGAGAGGUGUUCGCCGUCUACGGUGUCCCCAAUCAACUCAAGACCGACGGCGGGCCACAGUUCACAGCCCGCCACACCCGCACCUUCCUGGAGCGAUGGGGCGUGACGCACACGAUAUCAUCCCUACAUUACCCGCAGUCCAACGGUCAUGCAGAGGCGGCGGUCAAAGCCGUAAAACGGCUGGUUCAAAAAUGCAGCGUGUCCGGUCGCCUCGACCUCGAAGAGUUCUCGCAGGCCAUGCUUAAACUCAGGAAUACACCCCGGGAGGACGGUCGAUCACCCGCUGAGGUACUCUUCGGACACCCACUGAGGACCAUGGUGCCGAUGCACCACUCCGCCUUCGCUUGUAAAUGGCAACAGGCUGCUGACGAGUGUGACAAGCGCGCUCACACCCGACGGGAAGCCGCUCGCGAACGCUACGACGCAGCAGCCCGGCCCCUGCCGUCUCUCAAGAUUGGCUCAAAUGUCGCCAUUCAGAACAACGAAAGUGGCCUGUGGGACAGGUCCGGCGUCAUCGUCGCCAUCGGUCGCUACAGAGCCUACCUGGUGAAGCUCGCCAGCGGUCGUACACUGUGGCGGAACCGGCGCUUCCUACGACCGUAUCGCCCACUCGUUCCCGUCAGCGAACGCCGUACCGAUACUGAAGCGACGGCGCCAGCCACUGCAGCAACGGCUACCACGCCUCAGCUGUUUGCCGAAACAGCUGAACGCGGGAUAGCGGCAGAGUGUUUUGGGAUUGCCUCGUGUGUGAUCAACGUGUGGUGCGCAGAAUACACGAUAAAGCAUCAGAACAAGUCGGAAGGCGAACGUCAUGUAGAGGCACGUGAGAAGAAGAACGUGUCGCAGCAGAUGUCAGCAAAAGAGGCAGUAGGAUAA